ACUACAAGGAAAGUCUCAAUCACACUACUCGCAAAGCCAACCCCUUUUAUGCUCUGCUCUUCUCCUUUCAUACCCCUGACCUAAUCUCGUGUUUGGCUUUUAUGGCAGCACGCGCUUGUCCCACGCUCCCUCCUCACGUGCCACCUUCCUAUUAUCAUCAAAUAUCAACGGCUACUUAAGUCUCACUCGCUCAACUCUACUCGUCUCUUCCAUUCUUGAUUCUUUCUUUUUUUUUUUCCCCUUCCACUUUCUCGGGAAACUUACAGAGAAAACGAAAGGCAAAAAGGAGAGCAAAUGUUAAUCGCAAUUUACUUCUUGUUCUUCUCUCUGGGUCAAUGUAGUGUUGAUUUUAACGCAUUAUUGUCUUUUAAAGACUCUGUUUUUGACCCCUCAGACUCGCUUUCCUCCUGGGUUAACUCAUCCAAUCCUUGCAAUGAUUCUUGGUAUGGUGUCACAUGCAACCCUGCCACUCACCGAGUCACAAGACUCGUUCUUGAGAACCUAAACCUUUCCGGGUCAACUCAGCCACUGAAUCAGCUUUCUCAUCUAAGACUCCUCAGCCUCAAAAACAACCGUCUUUUCUCUUCCUCCUCUGUUAACUUGUCUUCAUGGCGUUACAUAAGGCAUCUUUACCUCUCUGGAAACCAUCUCUCCGGAGUAUUCCCCACCGGAAUGUCCACCCUCAGGCGGCUCCACCGGCUCGACCUUGCAUACAACGAUUUCCACGGCGAAAUUCCGAUGACCGAAUUGACUCGACUGCCUAACUUGUUGACUCUCCGUCUCGAGUACAACUCGUUCACUGGACCCCUCAAUUCAAUUGCGUCAUUUUCUUUCAUUUUAGACUUUAACGUCUCGAAUAACAACCUCUCCGGCGAGAUUCCUGCGUGGAUGUCACGUUUCCCCGCCUCUUCCUUCCAAGGAAACAAGGACCUCUGCGGCCAGCCUCUGCCGUCCGAUUGUUUUAAUCGGACGGCUCUCCCUGCGCCCUUAAAACAAAAGAUUCGUCAUCCUGAAAGCAAGAGGUUAGGCGAUGGGGUGGUGCUGAUGAUCGUCGCCGUCGAUGCAGUGGCGGUUAUAGCCGCGCUGGUGACAAUCACGUGGUGUUGUUACAGGUACAACUGUCGCUCUGGUGGAACCCACAAGGAGGUUCUACAAACAAAAAGUGGGUCAAAAUUGCAAUGGCGAAGAAGUGGGUCCAGGGAACAGGAGGUGGAGGCGGAGGAAAUGGUGGUGUUCGAAGGGUGCGAGGGUUUUCGAAAAGUGGGUGAUUUGCUGAAAUCUUCGGCUGAGUUGUUAGGGAAAGGAAGUGUGGGGACCACUUAUAAGGUGGUGAUGGACGGCGGUGAUGUGGUGGUGGUGAAAAGGGUACGGCAGAGGAGGAGGAGGAAGGCUGUUGAUGGGUGGUUGAGAAUAAUUGGUGGGUUGAGGCAUGCUAAUCUUGUGAGCCUUGUAGCAUACUAUAAUUCCAAGGAUGAGUUGCUUUUAGUUUAUAAGUUCUCACCAAAUGGAAGCUUGUAUUCCCUCUUGCAUGGAAAUAGGGGACCAGGAAGGACGCCGUUGAGUUGGAGUACGAGGUUAAAGCUAGCUUCAGGGGCUGCCCUAGGCCUAGCUUUUAUCCAUGGUUACAACAAAGCCAAGAUCUUUCACGGACACCUAACAUCCUCAAAUAUCAUAGUUGAUCGACAGGGCAAUGCCUGUAUUUCUGAUUGCGGUCUUCACCAAGUCUUGCAUGCCCCAUCUUUAUCAAACGAUGACUACAAAGCCCCGGAGCUCAUGCUGAGCAAUGGUGAAGAUGGUACUAAGCUUAGAAAGUACACCCAAAAAUGCGAUGUUUACAGCUUUGGAGUGAUCCUGUUGGAGAUAUUGACAGGGAAAAUGGUGAGCGGAGAAAGUGGGAUGAGUCUGGUGAAAUGGGUUCAAAGCGUGGGAAAAGAAGAGUGGGCGUGGGAGGUGUUUGAUUUUGAGAUGUUGGGGGACAAGGAGAUGGAAGAGGAGAUGGUGGGUCUCAUGCAAGUGGCGUUGCUUUGCGUGGCUGUGUUGCCUAAAGAUCGUCCAAAGAUGAGCAUGGUGCAUAGGAUGAUCGAAGAUAUUGGGUCUAAGGGUGCAACAAAUGGUGGGACGAUUUCUAUUUUGAAUGAUUUCUCCUCUGAUUCUUCUCCUGCUCUAUCAGAAAGAACUCUUGGCUUCAUAUAGGUAAAAAUCAGUAUAGCAUUAAUAAGUUUCAUGAGACAGAAUGUGGAAGGAGAUCAGUCAUGAAUGACAGUCUUUUCUUUUUUCCCCUUUGGGUCAAUUGAGAUUUGUACAGAGUAGUGAUAAUAUUUGGUUGUCAUUCUUUCAGUGUGAGUUACAAGCAUUUGAUUGAAUCACAUUCCUUGAGACAGUUCCCUAAAUAAAAUCCCAACGAAAGGAUUAAUCUAA